AUGGAAUUCGAAUCUGCGGUUUUACACAUGCGCGGCUCGCAAGGUGCAGUACAGCAACCAUACUGUACUGACGACCACAUUCUCCUGUGGAACGUUUUACGGCGAGCGGUGGCUCGGCGUGUCCGCAUGUUGGACCAUCCUGGACCUAUUGGUAUCCUGUUUUCGGGAGGUGUCGAUUCGACGACUCUCGCAGCGCUCGCCCUAGAGGAGUCGGACAGGCAAGUUGACCUCCUUACUGCUAGUGUUGAUGGAGAGGACUCGCCAGACCUGAGGACAGCUUUGGUCAGCUAUCGGCGCCUGGCGGAGGUCUACGGACGUGCCAGAGUGCGGCUGAUCUUGUGUGGAAUUGACGCUAACGAUAAGGGAGGGCUGACGAGGGAGCUUCGCCUUAUUGCCGCACGCACAAGACAGGAGAGCUACUUCGGAAUGGCGAAGUUGAUCGCGUUGCACUACCGCUCGUCCUCACCGCAACAGACAGGGAAAUGGCGAACGGAAGUUCAGCGGGUUGUGAGAUUAGAUGGUGGAAGCUAUCAUGAUCGAGAGCAGGAGAAGGCGGCGCCAGGGAUGCCCGGAAAACGGAUUCGCCAGCACAACGGGGAGCUGAAUAAUGGAGGAGCACAUCGGACGAAGCGGCACAGACCUUGGAAGAUGUUGUUGGUUUGCUAUGGAUUUAGCAGUCAAGUUCAGGCAUUACAGUUCGAGUGGACGUGGCAGCAUCCCAGGUUAUCACGACUCACUCGAGAAGGUCUAGCCAACAUAGGUAAAGGCCUGACCAAGCGUGGGCGUCAGAGGACCAAUAACGUCCAUGACAGCCUUGCACUGGUCAUCGGCAUGCUUCAUCUACCUCCAUGGUCCCGCAUGCCACUCGUGCUCAACGUCCUCGAGCCCGGGGUGGCUAGCGCUGUAGAAACGAAAGUAGCGGAGUUCAGGGCUGCGAGAGGUGAAGCGGCCUCGGGCGCAUGUUUUCGGAUAGAACACUUACCUAUAGAAGUUCUCCAUCGAACUCAUGUUGCAGGGAGUUCCCAGGCGCUCGUAGACGAGGCAGACAGUCGCAAUCAUUCUUGCUGUGUCUGCAUGCAAGCCUUCACGGUGGGGGUCACUAAACGAGCGGUAUGUUUGUCCUGUCGGACUUCUUCACACAUCACAUGCAUCGCUUCUGAAGGGUGCUGCGAUCCUACUGGAUCCCCGGUGCUUGAUGCAGAAGAUCGACUUAUCCCGGACUUUGUGAAAUGCCCUGUUUGCGACGAUGUCUCCAAAUGGGGUGAUCUACUCCGUACAGUAGGAGUCUAUCAAAGACAGCCCGAGACUCUUGGCAGCAGCGAUGAAGAAGAUGAGAACGAUCUGGGCGAGAACGAAUUUGAGAAUGAGGAAUCUUCGAUGGAUGUGUCGCCUGACAGAUUCCCAUAG